GGGUUAAAUCCUUUCCUCGGCAGUACAAAAGAAAAGAGUGUGCGGAAAGAUUAGGAUUUUUGCUUUUACAAUGGGAGCUGCAGAAGCGUAGGGAAGAAGCCGAAGAAAAAAAGGGGGCGUCUCCCCUUUAAAGACUUGCAGAGAUUGAGAAAGAGAGAGUGAGGAACAGAGAAUCAGAGAGAGCCCGUCAGUCUCUGGGAAAGGAGAGCAUUUCGGCUCACAGUUUUUUGCACUGGGGGGAAAAGGCAACCGCUGGCUUCAGACCCAGGGGGAGAUCGUACCGGGUCACUCCGGUGGAGCCCCUCCCUCUCCCACCUCUCCACCCGGGAAUGUCUCGGCGAAAGCAGCGGAAACCCCAACAGUUAAUCUCGGACUGCGAAGGUCCCAGCGCGUCUGAGAACGGUGAUGCUGGCGAGGGGGACCGCCCCCAAGUCUGUGCCAAAUGCUGCGCACAGUUCACUGACCCAGCUGAAUUCCUCGCCCACCAGAACGCAUGUUCUACUGACCCUCCUGUCAUGGUGAUAAUUGGGGGCCAGGAGAACCCCAACAACUCUUCUGCCGCCUCUGAACCCCGGCCUGAGGGCCACAGUAGUCCUCAGGCCAUGGAUAUAGAGCACAGCAACCCCCCAGAUUCCGGGUCCUCGGGGCCUAUGGAUCCUACCUGGGGCCAAGAGCGGAGAGGAGAGGACUCUUCCGGGCAUUUCCUGGUCGCUGCCACAGGUACAGCGGCUGGGGGAGGCGGGGGCCUGAUCUUGGCCAGUCCAAAGCUGGGAGCAACCCCUUUACCCCCAGAAUCUACCCCUGCACCCCCUCCUCCACCGCCUCCACCUCCACCCCCAGGAGUAGGCAGCGGCCACUUGAACAUCCCUCUGAUCUUGGAAGAGCUGCGGGUGCUGCAGCAGCGGCAGAUCCAUCAGAUGCAAAUGACCGAGCAAAUCUGCCGGCAGGUGCUGCUGCUGGGCUCCCUAGGCCAGACCGUGGGUGCCCCCGCCAGUCCCUCAGAGCUGCCUGGGACGGGAACUGCUUCCUCCACCAAGCCCAUGCUGCCCCUUUUCAGCCCUAUCAAGCCAGUCCAAACUGGCAAAACACUGGCACCUUCCUCUUCCUCCUCCUCCUCUUCAGGGGCAGAAGCGCCAAAGCAGGCUUUCUUCCACCUUUACCACCCACUGGGGUCACAGCAUCCCUUCUCUGCUGGAGGAGUUGGACGAAGCCACAAACCUGCCCCCGCCCCCUCCUCAUCCCUGACUGGCAGCACAGAUCAGCUGAUUGCUUCACCUCACCUGGCAUUCCCAGGCAGCACAGGACUAUUGGCAGCACAGUGCCUCGGGACAGCCCGAGGCCUUGAGGCUGCUGCCUCCCCUGGGCUCCUGAAGCCAAAGAAUGGAAGUGGUGAGCUGGGCUAUGGGGAAGUGAUGGGUCCCUUGGAGAAGCCGGGUGGAAGGCACAAAUGCCGCUUCUGUGCCAAAGUAUUUGGCAGUGACAGCGCCUUGCAGAUCCACCUUCGUUCCCAUACCGGUGAGAGGCCCUACAAGUGCAAUGUCUGUGGGAACCGCUUUACCACCCGAGGCAACCUCAAAGUGCACUUCCACCGACAUCGAGAGAAGUACCCACACGUGCAGAUGAACCCACAUCCGGUACCAGAGCACCUAGACUAUGUCAUCACCAGCAGUGGCCUGCCCUAUGGUAUGUCUGUGCCACCAGAGAAGGCUGAAGAGGAGGUGGCCACACCAGGUGGAGGCGUUGAACGCAAGCCUCUGGUGGCCUCCACCACAGCUCUCAGUGCCACAGAGAGCCUGACACUGCUCUCCACUGGUGCAGGCACAGUCACAGCUCCUGGGCUCCCUGCUUUCAAUAAGUUCGUCCUCAUGAAAGCGGUAGAACCCAAGAAUAAGGCUGAUGAAAACACUCCCCCAGGGGGUGAGGGCUCAGCAAUCAGUGGGGUGGCAGAAAGUGGCACAGCAACCCGAAUGCAGCUAAGUAAGCUGGUGACUUCACUACCAAGCUGGGCACUGCUUACCAACCACUUCAAGUCCACUGGCAGCUUCCCCUUCCCCUAUGUGUUAGAGCCCUUAGGGGCCUCACCCUCUGAGACGUCAAAGCUUCAGCAGCUGGUAGAGAAGAUUGACCGACAAGGAGCUGUGGCAGUGGCCUCUACUGCUCCUGGAGCCCCCACCACUUCUGCCCCUGCACCUUCAUCCUCAGCCUCUUCUGGACCCAACCAGUGUGUCAUCUGCCUCCGGGUGUUGAGCUGCCCUCGGGCCCUACGCCUGCAUUAUGGCCAACAUGGAGGUGAGCGACCCUUCAAAUGCAAAGUGUGUGGCAGAGCCUUCUCCACUCGGGGCAAUCUUCGAGCACAUUUCGUGGGUCACAAGGCCAGUCCAGCUGCCCGGGCCCAGAACUCCUGCCCCAUCUGCCAAAAGAAGUUCACUAAUGCUGUCACUCUGCAGCAGCAUGUUCGGAUGCAUCUAGGGGGUCAGAUCCCCAAUGGUGGUGCCACAGUCCCUGAGGGUGGAGGUGCUGCCCAGGAGAAUGGCUCUGAGCAAUGUACAGUUUCUGGGGCAGGGAGCUACCCUCAGCAGCAGCCACAGCAGCCAUCACUGGAAGAGUUGUCUGAAGAAGAUGAAGAAGAUGAGGAAGAAGAGGAAGAUGUGACUGAUGAAGAUUCCCUGGCAGGAAGAGGCUCAGAGAGCGGAGGUGAGAAGGCAAUAUCAGUGCGAGGUGACUCGGAAGAGGCAUCUGGGGCAGAGGAGGAGGUGGGAAUAGUGACAGCGGCUGCCACAGGGAAGGAGAUGGACAGUAAUGAGAAGGCAGCUCAGCAGUCUUCUCUGCCGGCACCUCCACCACCAGCUGACACUCUUGAUCAACCCCAGCCAAUGGAGCAGGAGAGCAGUGAUGUUUUAGGAUGCAUGGAAGAGGGAAGCAAACCAGAGAGGAGCUCAAGCCCAGUGACAGCACUCACCCCAGAAGGGGAAGGCACCAGUACCCCUUUGGUGGAGGAGCUGAGCUUGCAGGAAGCCAUGAGAAAGGAGCCAGGAGAGGGCAGUGGCAGAAAGGCCUGUGAAGUGUGUGGCCAGGCCUUUCCUAGCCAGGCAGCUCUGGAGGAGCAUCGGAAGACCCAUCCCAAGGAAGGGCCGCUCUUCACUUGUGUUUUUUGCAGGCAGGGCUUCCUUGAGAGGGCUACUCUCAAGAAGCAUAUGCUGCUGGCUCACCACCAGGUACAGCCCUUUGCUCCCCAUGGCCCUCAGAAUAUUGCUGCUCUUUCACUGGUCCCUGGCUGUUCACCGUCCAUCACUUCCCCAGGUCUCUCCCCUUUUCCUCGAAAAGAUGAUCCCACGAUCCCAUGAGCCAGUUUUUCUGUACCUGGUACCCUUUGACCCAGGGAUCAGAAGCUGAGAGCUCCAUGGAAAGACCUCUAGGAUUUAUGAGCCCUUAUUUGUCUUUUUCUCUGAGUUCUUACAUAAUGUCUCUAGUGGCUUUUCCCUAGUCCCUUAGCUUGGAAAUUGUGCUUACAUGGGAAUGGCCCCCUAAGGAAUUCUCCUUUCUUCAUUCUUUCUACCUGAAGAAAGUAGAUUGUCUACAGCUUUUACAUUCUCAAGGGGAGUCCUCUCCUUCCUCCUUUUCCUUCCCCUUUGGCAGGUGCACCUACCUAAGUAGCCAUCACUGGACCAACUGCCCAGCCCAAAGAGGCUGGCAGCUGUCUCCAAAGGCCCAGUGCCGCUCUCAUUGGUGACAAAUUCAUACUUCAGGACUGCUUGCCCCAGGACCUUCCUUCCCAGCUGGUAGGGAUGGCUUCCCUACCUUUCUGGAAACAAUAUACUGCUUUCUCGUCACAUGCCCUGUGUGCCACGCCUUGGAGCUCCAGCUUCACCUCCACUACACUUCAGGCUGGCACUACCAGUGUUGUUUAGUCCAGGAACUGUGGGCGGGCAGGUGGUUCCAACAACAAGAUCCAGAGAGGCCAAGGAGAAGACAGUCCCACUUCUGUUUCAGCCUCUUGGCACUUGAAACGUUGCAUAAAACGCCCGUCCUAGAAAAGAAGUAACAUAUCGUACGUUCCUUCUCUCUUCUAAUCCAGAAGGUGCUGGCAGUGAAGCUGUUCCAGUAAUUGGUGUCUCAGCUGAAGAAGGUGGGGAGAAUGAAGGGCACAGAACUCUUUCCAGCAGAUGCCUUCAUAGUCACAUUAAGGCCAAGAUGUUGGCUGAUCAAUAUGCCAGGACUUCUCCAGCUUCUCAUUCAUCAUUGCUUCUCAACAUUGGUAAACAAGCAGAUUGCUUGCCAAGAGGUCCCUAUUCUGGGAAAUGUGAAACUAGUUCAUAUCUUUAAUGAGUUUUGUUGGUGAAGGUGGUUGAUGAAGUAAUGAUAGAAAGCUGAGAAAUGUUGCUAAAACAGGGCUUGCUGGGAAUUGUAAUGAAAAAAAUUGGGCAUUGAUAUAAGGGAAGGGACUUGGAAUUCUUGUGAAUCUGAACAUUCUCGUGAAUGUUCUUUUGGACUCAUAGUGACAGUGUGCAACAGUGCGCCAGGAAUCAUGGGGGCUUUCCUAAGCACUAGUGUGCUUCUAGUUUUAGAUAACGCCCUCUUUUAUUCCCUAACCCUUUGUAUUUUCCUCAUCUUUCUCUCAAGGUCCCUUUCCUCCCUUUUUGCCUGAUCAUGGACUGAGGAUUAUGUCUUUGGCACUGUCUGGUUCUUAGGUUCCCAGACUUGGGGAGACGAGCUCCAGGUGUUCCUCCCUGCCUCUCUGUCUUGUAAUGAGGUGUAGUGCUUACUCUUAACAUAGGAGCCUUUGGAACUGGAGUUCUGAGGAGGAGAAAGUGAAGGUUUUGCUGUUGACUAAUGCUGACUUGAAUGAUGGCUUCUCCUCCAAAGUACAGUAGUGGGCUCCAGCUCUUCUUAACAUAGUGAAAUGUCAAGAACAGACGGGAGAUACUAGUGUCUUUUCCUCUAUCAUUAAAGGUGUUUUGGCCAGAUA